UGCAAUGUACACGUACCGAUUUAUCGUUUUAUUCGCUCAAUUUUGAGUAUAAUAACGUAUGGUGAAACGCCUCCAGCAAUGAUGCACCUAAGUGACGGCGGACAUUUUGAAAACUAUGGCCUCUUACCACUGUUGAAGUUGCGACUACCGAAAAUCCUGGUUGUGAAUGGUUCAGAAAUUAAAUCGGUUGAUGACUACGCCAGGGACAUCAUAGCGGCAAUGGAGCAUGCGCGAAAGUUAUUCAAUUGCUCCUUUACUUCAAUGACUGACGGAACUGAUGUGUUAACAGAAAUAAAGAAUAAGUUUGUUGGAAAACAUUUGAGGAAAUACGAAUUCAAAGUUCAUUACUCAAAAAAUAAUUCAGAAGGUAGGUAUAUUUCAACACAUUAAACCCACAGUGAACUUCUUUUUUAUGGAAAACACAUCAUUGAUCGUUUAAGCUAGACUCUAAGGCUACAGACAAACUACGAGUUACUUUCGGCAAUUAUUUGUACAUGAACUGGUUUUGACAUUUAUCGGGCAACUACUCCUGAAAUUUGUUCCCCAAAUAUGUUUUGACGAAACAUUUGAUAUGAUAUAUACCGCUAAUAGACCUUUCCUCUUUUAAGUGAAAUUUUGAUCAAGACAAACCUGGACAAAAAUUUCAUCACAGUUUGAAAGAGCAUCACAAAAUUAGUAAUAUUCCGAAGUUUCGUUGCAAAAUGUUGUAAAAUGCGGAUAAUAUAACCUUGCGAAUUUUGCCGUUUUUCAUAGUUACAAACGGGAAAUUGAUAAUCAGUUUGAUCAUCUGAUUAUCAAUUUCCCGUUUGUAAUAACGGCAAACUUCGCAAGGCUAUAUUAACCGCAUUUUACAACAUUUUGCAACGAAACUUUGGAAUAUUACUAAUUUUGUGAUGCUCUUUCAAGUUGCGAUAAAAUGUUUGUCUAGAUUAGUACCAGAAGGGCCACUCAGCGGUGCAAUGUGUCGCCAUUUUUCUAUGCAAAAAUAUGCAGUUGACUGGCCAGAAGGCGGGGCCUUCAGCCAAUACAGCGCGUUUAUUGGCCAGAAAAUGUAAUCGACUGGCUAGGAAGAUGGCGGCCAGGGUGCCCUUCUGUGUGUGCCUUAUUCUGUGGUCAUGUUCUUAGCAAAUGCGCUGAAGAAAGGCAUUUACCCCCCUGGAACAUUAAACUUCAAAUAUGUUUUCAGGGGGUUAAGUCAGACCUCGAAGAAUACCUCUAAAGGCGAUUACUUAAAUAAGAUAAAUUAAAGUGUUUUUUUUUAUAUACAUCAUCAUAAAAGCAAAGAGACCAUGUUGUUAUUUUUAUGUAGACGACAAUGGAGUUAGCGAAGGGCAUAUUGUCCUUAUUGCCCCACGCUCACCGGAAAAUCCUAAAAAGGUUAAAUGCCUAGCUGCAAUCAAGCUGUGGUGCUGUUGUGGGCAGAGUGAUAAAAACGGGUUAGUUGAAAAUCAAACGUGGGUUGAUAAUAAUUGUGAAGGAAAAGAAUUGGAUGAAAAAAUGUGGGGCCCGGGGCCAUAUCUGACGGAAGAUGAUGUGAAAGAUAUUGAAGGAUGCCCAGGAGGUUUUGGUUGUUGUGAGUGCUGCCAUAAAAAUUGUUGCGACUGCUGUGGCAGCUGUUUCAAAUUUCCUCGUCACCCAACAGCAAACCAGUUUUAUACUCCUCGAAUGUUUACUGCUUAUCACAGAGAAGGGUACAGAGCGUGUAUGGAAUGCAACCACUUUUUAGAAAAUGAUAACUAAAUCUUAGUAUAUACCAAGUUGUGGACAACCAUCUCAUAUUAAUUUAAAGCUCGAGUAGAGAACAGAUUGAAUUCUUGUAGUGCAAUAAUCUGUAACAAUUGUCUAAUAAUUCAAUGUCUGAAGAUGUUAGUGUAUAGUUAGGAAACGUUAGACAUAAAUAUAAUAAUUCUUAUAAAAUACUGGACCCGGUUGUUCAAAGCUGGAUUAGAGCUAAACUACAUCUGCACUUCUGUUUAUCUCAAAACUUUGAAAAUAAAACUUUUAUUGAACCAG